AUGUAUCCAUCACCUGUUGUUGAAGAUCAACCAGGCGCGUCGGAUCUGAACCUCACCUGGGACUCAGAUCAAGAUUAUGAUGAAUGUGUAUAUUAUCAUGAAGGAAGUGAUCUGUACGCGGAAGAUGUUGACGGUCAGAUAGGGGUACUGCCAGAAGUACCUGUGACGACGGAAGAUGUGAAGCUCUUGAUCGGCAAAGGCAAUGUCCUUCCGCUGCCGGCCAGAAGUGUUGUAUAUGACAUCGACGUCGGAGGAGCGAGGCAUAUUGCCCUGAAGUGUCGUAAGUUGCGAAUCCAGUUUAGGGAAAAGCUGACAGACCUGAUCAAGGGUCUGUUGUCUACCAAGAUGAUCAAUUACUCUAGGUCACCGUGGGCUUCCUGA